GCGUAUGUUAGUAUAACUAGCUCGAAUCAGCGCUCAGUUACUCCGAGACCUUCAGAGAAGAUUAUAUUACAUUCCAGUGUGUCAAAGACAACAAUCAUGAGUAACCGCAAAAGAACAUUGUCUUACCGACCAUGGGGCUCAACAGAAGACGGAGCAAUAGAAUUCGAAUCAUUGACAUCGACAACACUAGAAGGCGCCUUGAAUGUAAUUAGAGAAUCAUUUUUUCCUGAAGAAAGCGUAUGUUUAGGAUGUGACAUACAAUCCGAACCUGGAGCGUCAGAAGAGCUUGAACAAUUGUGCAUGUACACUGCAAAAGAUGGCGUCAGUGUUGUUGCAAUCGAUGUUAAAACAAUGGAAGUUGUUGGCGUCGCUUUCAAUAAACUCCAUAAGCGCUUGGCCGCUGAUCAAAGAGGCUUCUUCGAAGAAUUCAGCGAAAAUUGCAAGCACAAAGCCUCCAAGUUUCUCGUUGAUUUCAUGAUAAGUGUCGACGCAAAGGUUAACCUUUUCAAGCACUACAACGUCGACUGCAUUCUGGAGAUAAUGUUCCUAGCAACAAAGCCGAGUUUUCAAAAGAGAAGAAUCGGCGAAUUGUUGGUUUCUUCUUCCCUUGAAUUAGGAAGACAAUUGUACAAAGGAAUGCCCGUAAAGACUGAAGUGGAGAUUGAUGAACUGCCACUCACGAAUGCAGAUGCUGUUCCUAGUCUUGUUUCGGCGAUUAUGACCUCGAAAUACUCGCAGAAAAUAAGCCAGAAAAUAGGCUUUGAUAACCUUGCUGAAGUGAGCUACGAUGAGUACACGUUUGCUGGAAAGAAGGCUAGAGCCUUAGAAGUCCUAAGAAAAUCAUUCUUCACAUUUGAAAAUGUGUCUACGGGAUGUGACUUAUUAAGUGAACCUGGAGCAUCCGAAGAACUGGAACAGUUGAAUAUUAUGGCUGCUUACGAUGGAGUCAGCCUGGUCGCUAAAAACCAAGAUGAUGAGGUCGUUGGUAUUUGCAUCAACAAACUAAACGUUCAUUCAAGCGAAAACCAAAAAAGCUACCUAGAAUUAUUCAGCGAGCAGUGCAAGUACAAAUCUUCAAAAUGUCUCGUUGACUUUAUGAUCAGCAUGAGUAAACGACAGAAUUUUUCCGAACGUUACAAUACUAACUGUACAAUGGAUAUACUUUCUUUCGCGACGCGACUUGACUACCAGAAUAUUGGAAUCGGGGGAAAUUUAAUUGCUAAUGCAUUCGACUUAGGACAGUGUUUAUCUCAAGGAAAUGAUGUAAAAGUUUCUGCUCAUCCCGACGGUAAGACAAUCACCAAUGCUGAUGCUAUUCCUGCUGCGUUGACUACAAUAAUGACGUCUGAUUAUUCACAAAAAAUUUGCGUUAAGCUUGGGUUCGAUGCUUUUGCUAAAGAAAGCUACGACAAUUUUACUUUUGGCGAUAAAGUUGAAGCGGCAUUGGAAGUUCAACAGAAGUCAAUGUGUGAUGAAAAUGUCGCGAUUGGAGUUGGGCUUUAUGAAGAAGAAAAUGCACCUGAAUCUAUGGAGUGCGUUUUUAGAGAAGUAAUAAAGGAUAAUUGCACUAUUGUUGGCAUUGAUAUUGAAACAGAUGAUGUUGUUGCUGUGUCAUUUAAUAAAUUACAUACAAAAGCUCAAGAAGAUGAACCGAAUUUUUUUGUAGAAAUAGUGGAAAGUCACAUUAAAUCAGGCCCUGCUCUUGCUUUGAUACAAUUCAUCGAUGAAGUUGAGUCAAAAGUGAAUAUAUUCGAAAAAUACAAUGCUUCAGCGGCGAUGGAGAUUUUUUACAUUGGAACUCAUCCAAACUAUCGAGGUCGUCGGAUCGGUCAGGAAAUUUUAGGGGCUUCGAUAGCAUUAGCAGCAGAAUUAAAAGACCCGAUAAAUGGCAGCAAAGUCAAGCCGGAAGCUAUUUUUGGAGUGUUUACUUCAAAUUACAGCCAGAAACUCGCUGAGUACCAUCAUUUUGAAUGGUUAUCCACUGUUGAUUAUUCUGACUUUGAGUUCUUCGGAAAAAAAAUGUCGGAUAGAAUAAAAAGCAGCGAGCAUAAAACUUCGAAACUUGGGGCUAGAUCAAUA